GUGACAUAUAAAGCACAGCCCUUCCGGCCUUUAUUCGCUAAACGGCGACGUUUUUACCCUAUUUUUUAAAAUUUUGUUUAUUUUCUUCUUCUCCUCCGCCGUGCGCCGGAUUCUUUUACAUUCAGGGCAAGGAGGUUGUGCAGAAGUCAUAGACAUGGCGAGAACUGCCCUAGCAGAGCUAAGCGACAAGAUUAUGCUGGAAAGCCUCACAAGAAUUUUGAGUUCAAACACAGUUCCACUCCAAGAAUCCCUAAUCCCAUUCAUACCCCACCUUAGCAACGACCCUUCUCUCCUCCUCUCCGUCCUCUCCUCGCCGUCUCUUGCUCGACGGCCGACGACCCUCCUCUCCUUCUUCAAAUGGGCGAAGGCCACCUUCCCCCUAUCCCACAUAGUCCACUCCCCUCGUCCUCUCCACUGCCUUCUCCCUUCGCUCCUCUCACACAGAAAAUUCCCCGACGCUAAAUCAAUCCUCUGCUCCUUCAUUGCCUCCGACUCCCUAAGCUCCCUACAUUACUCCCUUCUGCAUCCUAAGAAGACCCAGAAUCCAACACCUACAAGAGAGCUGUUGGAUACCGCUAUUGGAGCCUAUGUCCACUGCUGUAGACCACACCAUGCCGCACAGUUGUUUUACAAAAUGAAGAGGAUGGGGAUCAAACCAAACUUGCUCACAUGCAAUACCCUCCUCAAUGCUUUAGUAAGGUACCCUUCUUCGCAUUCUAUACAUCAAGCUAAUGAAAUUUUCAAGGAAAUGGUUGAGCUUGGAGUAAAACCUAAUACGAGGACUUUCAAUAUUUUGAUCUAUGGGUGUUGUUUGGAAUGCAAAUUUAAAGAUGCUCUAGAGUGGGUGGGGAAGAUGGGGGAGUUUGGUUGUUUGCCUGAUAAUGUAACAUAUAAUUCGAUAUUAGAUGCUUUGUGUAAGAAAGGGAGGUUGAAUGAGGCAAGGGAUUUGUUGAUAGAUAUGAAGGAAAAGGGAUUGUUUCCAAAUAGAAAUACCUAUAAUAUUUUGGUUUGUGGGUAUUGUAAGGUUGGCUGGUUGAAGGAGGCAGCAACGAUUAUUGAGUUGAUGACACAGAAUAACUUGUUGCCUGACGUUUGGACAUAUAACAUGUUGCUUGGUGGGUUGUGCAAGGAGGGUAGGAUCGUGGAUGCAGUUAAGCUUAGAGAUCAGAUGGAGAAUUUGAAGUUGUUGCCUGAUGUUGUCACGUAUAACACGCUGAUUAAUGCAUGCUUUGAGUGGGGUAAUAGCUCUGAGGGCUUUAAGUUGCUCGAGCAUAUGGAGGAGAAGGGGGUGAAACGAAAUGCUGUUACCCACAAUAUCAUGGUUAAGCGGUUCUGUAAGGAAGGGAAGAUGUAUGAAGUGGGUAAAACCAUUGAUAAGAUGAAAGAAAGUGGGUUUUCACCGGAUAGUGUUACUUACAAUACUUUGAUAAAUGCCUAUUGUAAAGCAGGGAACAUGGGAGAAGCAUUUAGAAUGAUGGAUGCGAUGGGCAGGGAUGGUUUGAAAAUGAACAGUAUUACUCUCAAUACUGUUCUUCAUACUCUCUGCUCGGAGAAGAAGCUUACGGAGGCCGAUCAAUUGCUGGAGAGUGCCUGUAAGCGAGGCUACUUUGUUGAUGAGGUAAGCUAUGGAACUUUGAUCACUGGACACUUCAAAAAUGAAAAGGUAGACAGAGCUUUGAAGCUUUGGGAUGAGAUGAAGGAGAAAGAGAUCUUUCCGAGUAUCAUCACAUACAACUGUAUGAUUGGAGGGCUUUGCCAAUCAGGGAAAACCGAUCAAGCGAUAGAGAAGUUGAAUGAGCUUCUAGAGUUUGGUUUGGUCCCGGAUCAAACUACCUACAAUGUGAUUAUCCAUGGAUAUUGCCAGGAGGGAGAAGUAGAGAAAGCAUUUCAGUUUCACAACAAAAUGGUUGAGAAGUCAUUCAAACCGGAUGUAGUUACCUGCAAUAUUCUUCUACACGCACUCUGUAGAAUAGGUAUGCUAGAGAAGGCUCUUAAGCUCUUCAACACUUGGAUUUCAAAAAGCAAAGAAGUUGAUGUUGUCACAUACAACACAAUGAUACUAGGUUUAUGCAAAGAAAGAAGAUUUGAGGAUGCUUUCGAUUUUCUUGCAGAAAUGAAAGAAAAGAAACUUAUGCCUGAUCAGUAUACAUAUAAUGCCAUUCUUGGUGCGCUAAUGGAGGCUGGUAGGAUUAAUGAAGCAGAGGAGUUCAUGUCAAGAAUGGUUGAAAAAGAUGAAAUAGUGGAUCUGCCCUUAAAAUUGCACAAGGCUGAAGAAACGGUUGUCAGGGAGGCACCAAAUGAAGCUGCUUCUAGUUCCAGGGCGCCAAAUGAAGCUGAUUCUAGUUCCAGUGCUUACUCAGAACAAAUCAGUGAGCUGUGUAACCAAGGGAGAUAUAAGGAUGCAAUGGAUAUCUUUGAUCAAUUGACACAAAAAGGCAUCAUUUUAAACAAAUCAACCUAUAUUGUUUUGAUGAAUGGGUUAAUUAAGAGGCGAAAAACGAUAUCUAAAGCUGCGCACUAGUGGUAAAUUCCUUCUUGGGCAUCCUCAGUUGCUUGAGAUGGGCAUGAGCAGCAAAGUGGUUUUAUUUAGAUGCAAUGUCAACUAAGCUGGAGGAGUUCAGGAGGAAGCAUUUAUUGGAUGGAGUACAGUUCUGGUCUCUGCAAUCAGUGUUGCUGGCUGAAUUUAUUGAAUUUAUUUUCCUGGAGGACGGGCUUUAUUGUUUUUGCGUUGAAAUGGUUUAUGAUCUUAGUGCAAUCAUGGGACAAUUAUAAUGUCUGCUGUUGCGAUUUAAUGGUUACAGUGGGAAUUGAUACUGGUUCUUGUUAAAAUGGAGGCAUCUGAAGCUUGGCGUUAAUUAAUUCCCACGAUUGCUGCAGUGGAUAACCAUUGCUGUCUGGGGGCGUUGGUGUGGGUGUUGGAACUAGAGGCAGUUGUGUAGCGGAGUUGUGUGUUCCUGGGCCGGAUGUGGGCUGCUGGAGUUUACUAACGUUUGUUCGUUUGGUAGGAUUUUCACCCACAAACUGAUGUCCAGACAGAGCGGUUUAAUUUGAAAUGAAGAGUCUCUGCAACAUUUCGUUAAUGCCAACCAGGUGCAGCUACUUGAUGUUGCAAAAUUAUGUUUCACUCGGAGAAGAGCUCUUCAACUAACACAAGUCCCUUUGAGCUUGUUACGACAUACUGUUGACAAGUACGAAGGAAAGAGUCCCCAGGCCUUCUAUUUCACCAAGGAGUGGAGGGAAAAUGCAGACAUUGCUCGAGCUUUUCUUGAGAAAGCCUCAAAGAAAGCGCAUGAAGAAGUGGGCAGACAUGGUAUUGAUGAAGCUAUCUCCAGAAUAACUCAGAUUCCUCCAAAAUCAAGGUACAAAAGACUCAUCCGCAAGUACGAGUAUGAAGGGUCAGUUCCAGUUAUAGAGUGGGCAAAGCUUCAUACAUGAUUGAUCUACCAGAAUGGUGGAAAGUCCACCCAGUGUUUCUGAAGCCAUAUCAUGCUGAUCCAGAAGAUGCAGACUGCGGAGUGCAAUCGACCAGCCAUCAACAGCAAGCGACAACCGAGCAAAGAAGUGGAAGAGAGACUACUAGCGGAGAGAGUCAUCACAGUGUCACGCCGACGCCACGAGUUUCUAGUCAAGUGGAGGAAUCCCGGAAACGAGGACGGUGGGGAGAGUUUCAUAUGGCCAAUUCUUUUACAUGUAUUAGUUGUGGGGAACAUGGGAGUGGAAAUAUUGUACUUGACAAAUGCAUUUCUUUUGUAAUUUCGAAGGGGUGUGAGUGUGUGACCCUCAUGAAACCUUGAAUAACCUGAUAGUUGUUUCUUGGGCAAACUCACGUAAAGCACAAGAAAGUUUGAGAAUUAAUUCUCAGAAAGUUUUUUUUUUAUUAAUUCAA